AUGGAUGACGACGAUGAUUUUUUCGUGUUGGAUAGAAAGGGUUCUGAUCAGCAGCUCAAGGAAAUGGUGCAGCAGGCAAAGGUGAUUAAGAAAAAAGUCAAGAAGCAGAAACAACAGAAGAAGCAGCAGAAGCGACACAGCGAUAUAUUGGAAUCAAAAGAAAAUACCCGCGAUAUUCUAAAAACCCUGACCACUGCCCGAACCCCUAGUUUGUCUAAUGGCUCGCCCAGCAACAUAGAUAAGGGGAUCAUUCCGCAAAGCGAAGCAGUAUCAAAUAUCAUGAAGGAAAUUCAGGAAGUGGAACGCGAGGACUUGAUGACGAGGCAGAAAUUGCAAAAUAAGUUUAAAAAAACUGGUAAUGCAUUGAAGCGUUCUAUCCUGAUAGAGAAUAACAAGGAGAAACAGGAUGACGAUAUAUUGCGAAUUAAGAGGAAGUUCAAUAAGGUAUCUUCACAAAUAAAGCAGACAGUACUGAACAGUUCGACUAAGCUGGUGUCGUUACAAGAAGAAAAGGGAAGAGUUUAUCAGUUCAAGAUCAUUUCUAAAUUACCAGGGACAGAAGGAUUUGAAGUCAAAGUUAACAUUACUGGUGAUAAGAAGUUUAAGAAAUUGAUCCUUGCCUGUUUGAAACAUCUUGCCGGAAAAUAUCACAUCGAAGAAAAAAAUCGACUGGCAUAUCUGGUUGUUAAUGUUUUAUUACUCUACAAAUCAAAGAUCAAAAUUCUAGAUUACAUGAUGCCAAGCUAUCUCGGUUUGCCUGCUCCAUUGGUCACUGGUGAAAAAACAUUUGCUACCGUAUACAUCAUGACCAAAGAACAAGCAAACAACUUGGACCAAGAGGCAGAAGCAAUAAGUAGUGUUAUGUUGAACGAUAAUGAAGAUGAUAAUUCUAACGAUGCACAAGAAACUAGCGACUACGAAGCCGAAAUUUUCGAUGGUGAGGAAAUUGAAGAUGUUAAUGAUGCAGAUGCAGACAACGAUGAUUAUUUCACUAUUGUGUUGAAGGAUAAGGAUAAUGAAAAACUAGAGAUAAAGGUUUCUAAAGACACUUCUUUGCGCAAAGUUGUGGAUCACUAUGUUAAAAAGAAGGGUCUUACAGCCUCCCCAAAGAUUGAUUUGAUAUUUGAUGAUGAGAAAUUAGGUCUUGAUUUGACCGUUGGUGAUACUGAAUUGGAGGAUGAAUACUCGGUAGACGUGGUUGUUCACUAA